AUGAGUCAACGAUGUAUGCCGAUUCUAUUGCUGAAUAUGGGGGCUGAAAUGGUGUACAUCUUAGAGCAACGACUCAAGACAUUGCAGAAUGUUGGCUCAGAGAAAAGCAAUAAAGUCCUUCAAGAUAUCACCUACACGAUGCUCAAUCGGAAAUUUCUUGAUGAACUCUUCAAGCCACAGGAUCUUCACUCGCGAAAAACGAUGCGUCACUUUUUCGAGAAACUCGCUCAUUCAAGCAUUAUGAGACUCAACGAAACAAGUAUGGAUAAACUUUAUGAUUUGAUCACGAUGACUGUAAAGUAUCAAAUUCAAGUGUCAGCCACACCGGAACAGCUAUUGACAAUCACAAUCAAUCAUUUGGAUGGAAUGCGAGAAUUGAUGCCCGAUGAUCGCGAUCUCAUCCCACUACUCGACAAUGCGCAUGCUAUGCUAAUGUCCGCCUAUAGAAAUUCGCAAAUUUGGGAGUUUUCUUUGAUGAGAUGCUGCUUGUUGACCUUUUUUCAGGAUACAAAAGUGAAAGUGUCAAUCUUGCUUCGAGAAGGGAAACAACUUGAAUCCGGGCAUUUUGUCUUAUAUCCACAUGAUGCAAAUGUCGAUAUCCCAAAAGAAUCCGAAUACCCUGGAAUCGUUCGCUACUAUGAGGAUGGAGCUUUGAUGAAAACGAGCAAAUUCCCAGCUCCAGACAAUUACAAUUUUCUUCCUGAUAAGGAAAAUUUCAACCUCGGUGAAGCAAAAGAGCGCACGACUCGGCUUGGAUUCAAUAUGUAUCGAGGAGCUUCUCAUCCAAUUGAUCUAAAGGGUGGUGGCACAAUGAGCGGAAAGAACGGCGCCUCGGCAAACGACACCACAACCGAUUCUGGAGAUCUUACCCUUCUUCUUGCUCUUAUGGGCAAAAAAAAAGAAACUGGUGAAAAAGAAGCCCCAGCCGCUUUUGAUAUGUCUUUUUUUACUGAUGCUGCUGAUGAGCAACAGUUCAUUGUCGAGAGUGAACUUAAUGUGAAAAGAAUCAAUGCAUCGGAGGGACGAAAAACAUUAAAAGAUGCAAUGAAAGAGAUGGAAGUGAAAGAUCAAGAGAAAGAGAAACCAAAAAAGAAGAAGACACGGGGGCAAGAUUUGGCUGAAAUGAUGGAUGAGGUGGGUGCAAGACCGGAAACGGCAAAGAGGGGUGGACGAGCAGGAAGCACGGGAAGAGGAGGCGCGGCGAGCAGAGAUAAAACCCCGUCAAGGCCCACAACUGGGUCUAGGCCUGGUUCAAGAUCAACGACUCCAUCUCGAGCAACGACUCCAUCAAGGGGUGGUCGUGAGGGGAGUGCGACUCGUGGAGGCUCAAACGCUCCAGCUCGAAGUGCAAGCACAAAACGACGAGCUCCAUCCGGGAAAAGGGAU